AUGUACACUUUGCUCACCGGGCUCUAUCGGGAGCUCACGAGGAAGGAGGAGUUCUACGUCAUCAUCCUGGGCCUCGACAAUGCCGGCAAGACGACUGCCUCCGACCCCUCCCCGAUUCAAAAGAGUCGGCCAGCUCCAUCGAUUGACUCUCGUGUGUUUACUUCGUUUGCGUAUAUCGAUUCGCCGAUAACGGCCGGUUGCGGAACAAUCACCCAGACCCUGCUCGAGAAGAUAAAAUCUCUGUUUACGGGGCUGCCUGGCAUGGCCCCCGAGAAGAUUGCCCCCACCGUGGGUCUGAACAUCGGGAAGAUCGAUACCGGCCACAGUCGCAUCAACUUUUGGGAUCUGGGUGGGCAGCGAGAGCUGCACUCGCUCUGGGACAAGUACUACACCGAGUGUCAUGCAAUCCUCUUUGUUGUUGAUGCGACGGAUCAAGGGCGGCUGGAGGAAGUCAAGACAACGUUUGAGGGCGUGAUCACCAACGACCAUAUCGAAGGAGUGCCGAUUCUGAUGCUGGCAAACAAACAGGAUAUGGAUGAGGCCCUCAAGGUCCAUGAAAUCAAAGAGCUCUUCAAUCCCGUGGCGGUCAAGCUGGGGGCCCGCGACAGCAAAGUCCUUCCGGUGUCGGCGCUGAAAGGCGAUGGUAUUCAGGAGGCAGUCGAUUGGCUGCUACUGCGACUGCAGCGCAACAAAACCAACCGGCCUCCGGUCUACCGCGACUGA